AUGCGCACUAACAAUAAGGUUGAACUUUUCAAUUUGGUGAGUACCAACCUAAACAUGUCGAACAUUGAAGGAUUCACCUCGAUUUUGGGGGUAUUUUUCGCCGCUUUCCACCCAGAAGAAGGUACAAAAAUUCUUUGUCAAGUUCCUGAGAAAGUUGUCAAUAUUGAGACCACCAGUAUUGAUGAUAUCUUAUUGAAAGAUAGAGUGCUAGGACUAGGGGGCCAUAAAAAAUCAAAAGUCAGUCUUGCCACACACGAAUCUGAAGAUGACAGAUUGCUCCUGGAGUUUGGAAGUAUGGUGCUUAACAAUUAUAAUGAGAAACCUAUGGAGGACUAUAGUCGCAAUGAUGAAGGAUUGAUAAAUUUCGAUGAUAUUAGAAAUGUGGUGAUUCCCAAGCCAGAGUUUUGCAACAGGCUACUAUCGGCUAAAGCAGGAAAGUACAAGGUAAUAGGAUACCCUGUAAAUAUUCAAGAACCUUUUUACGCCAGAAACUCUUUCAAUUUCAAUUUCUGUUUUAUUUUUGAUUAUGAUAGCGAUUCAACAUGUUAUGAACCUGUGGUGAGGAGAUUAGGGAAGAUGUUCAAAGUUUUGGAAGAGCAGCUGCAAAUUUUAUCAAAGUCUUCGAAUGAUUUGGUUUAUUUCAAUAUUGAAAAUAAGGAUAUCAAAGAGUAUAUUUCGGAACGAGAUUUGAACUAUAAAUAUUUCAAGAUCUUGAACGCUUUUAGGCCCGAUAAUAAUAACAAUCAUAUUGACAAUGGCAUUGAUCUGAAGAACUCGAAUUUAAACAUCAACAAAUCAAACAACCCUUUUCAACUUCAGGACAAUAAAAAUGCGGAAUUUUCAAUCGAGAAUCUUAUCCAACAAAUUUAUCAGGAUUUGAACAAUUAUUCGGAGUGUUCCAUCAAAAUUAAUGCAGGAAAUUCCAUCGAUAUCAAAUUAUUCCCAAAUAUCAAACUACCAGAUAUCAAUAUUUUGCCAUGCGAUGUUCCUAUUUCCACCGUGAAUUUAGAUUCACUAGUUGAUUUCUAUUGGGAUCCCAAUUUGCUCCGAAUGACACAGUAUAUCAACGGGGUGAACAACAUCAAUAAAAUUGCGAAGUUGUGUAAUUCUGAUUAUGACUAUACUUGCCUUUGUAUCCGACAUCUAAUGGCAUAUAAGUGUAUCAUCUUACUAGAUACGUUUUCUUUUCAAAAUAUUUAUGCUACCACUUCCAAAGUCUCAAUGUUUUUGGAUCAUAAUAAAGUUCUUGGUGAAGAAUGCAAAAGAUAUUGUUACAGUGGUAAGGACACCAAUCCAUUGAAAAACCUCGCCUUCAAGUUUAUGGAAAAAAGAAAUGAUAGCUUUGUGUCAGAGAAUGCGUCUAUCAAUACCGAAGCCCAUAGCACACGGUCUGCUGAUUUUGAAUCUAGAGGUAACCCAAUAAGACCUGAUGCAGAAAACAUGAACAAUAAACAUGACGGCGAAAAUGGUCAGCAAAAUUAUUCAUACGAGUCAGUUAUGAACAAUGUGAAAAACGGCUACAUUACUAAUAGUUUUGAUAGUCUCAAUCAAUCGGGUUCUACCACUGGUUUGAAUUAUUCUGAUAGCAAAGACUCAUUAUCUACCAUUCAAAUCUUUCAACUCUACACAGCGUUCCAGCAAGGGAGAAACGUAGAGGAAUGGUAUAGAAAGCAGGAAAAUUUACUUAGAGGUGUUAAUAUUGACAUUAGAAGGUUUAUAACUUAUGGGUUGUUACAAGGAUUAUUGUAUCGUAUUUAUUCGUACCCUAUGUUGGUAGAAUAUAAUUCCAAAUGGUUAUCAAGAUGCAAAGUUUACUAUAUAUUGAAGGACCAAAACUAUAUCAAAGAGUUGAAUAGAAAGUUCACGUCAGUAUCUGUUGAUGUGAGGAACAAGAAUACGAUAUUAGGGGAUAAUUUUUCAACGAUACAGCAGGAUAAUUCUGCUGCAAGAGCAGCACUCCAAAAGGAAAUUGACCAGGCUUUAGAUGAUGAAGAGUACAUGAAAAGGUUCAAUGAUCUGCAUAAUAUUAAGCCAGUGAGCAAGAAACAGAUCAUUGCAAAGAAGUAUAAUCUUGUGGAAUUUAAAACCACGAUUUUCCCUAAACCUGGUACCCACAGAGAUCUGGCACAAAGAAGACAGAGGAAAAAUUUGGAUGCUACUGCUCAGAACAGUACCGUUGGGGGAGGUGCUAGUGGGUCAUUUUUCAACGAUAUAAAUUCUCAAAAUAAUGGCGGAAGUAUCAAUAAUAUGAAUACUCAAGGGUACGAAUAUUCUGCAAAUAAGCUUAGUUUGCAAAAAUUCAAAAAUCCAAACUACAUCAAGUUAAUUUCAGGAAAGAGUUCCAAUGGAGAAGAAGAGUUUUAUUCAUUGACAAGCAUUUUGACUAUGAAAAAGCAUUACCUUGAUAAAAUCAAGCAUUUUGAUUUGAUAUGUACAGAUUUUGAAAUGAGCAGGAAGGAAGUAGAAAAAGUUUUGAAAUGUUUCUGGAAAUUCCAUGUUGUGGAGAGAUGA